CAGCCCAUUGGAAUCGCGAGGAGAAAGUGGGACUCUCCACAGGAAGGACAUCGCUCGUGGCUGCAAUUGUAAGAAGCACGGCAACGACAUGAGCUCAGAACAGAGCAAAGAUCAGUCAAAGCCAGAUGAACUCACCUGCCAGAUUUGUGAGUGUUUAUUUACCAAUCCAAUGAGGCUGCCGUGCUGCCACAGCUUCUGCGAGGUCUGCAUCGAGGUCCACUGGGAGUUGGAAUCGACGCAGACGGAAUUCCUCUGCCCACAAGCUAAGUGUGAGCAGCGAUGGAAGAGCAAACCCACGCUGAGGAAGGAUACGACACUGGAGACUCCGGCGGAGCCAGCGAGGGAGAAGCUCGUGUCUGAGAAACUUGAUGGAAAACAACGGGCAGCAAAUGAAGGAGGAGCAACGGAUGAGGGAAAAGCAUCCUCACCACAAUCGUCCCCACCCACGCAGGGCGGUAGUGAGGAAUGGUCGCGAGCGCGCAGAGAACUCGCGGAGAUAUUUCCCGAAUGGAAGACGAAGAGGAUUGAGGUCUUGAAGAUGCUCGCCGGCAUGAUCGUUCAGCUGAAGAAGAGGAAGCGAGACGGCAACAUCUCCAAAGCGACCGGCGCUUCCGCGGGCAUCAUCGGCGGUGCCAUGGUCAUCGCCGGCUUUGCCCUCGCCCCGGUGACCGCCGGCUUAUCUCUGGGCCUCAGCAUCGCCGGCACGACCACGGGGGUUGCCGGGGGCAUCACGGCCGCGGGGGCUUCGAUCGCCGUGCUGGUGAUGAACAAAGCCUCGACCAAAGAGGCGACAGAAAAUAUCGAGAAGGAUAAAAUUGCCGGCGCGAGGCUCGCCGAAGUGGUGCGGUCGGUUUACUCGGCGGCCAGCGAGCUCGACGUUGUCACCAUGGGCACGCUGGUGUCCGAGAGGGUGACCGCCAAAGGAGGCGAAGGUGGCACAGCCCACCCGGGCAUCGUAGAGACAGCCACGGUCACCGUGGGUGGAAUAAUGGUGGCACGCAGCGCAAAGAAUGCGGCGGUGGACAUCGUCAAAAACUCAAAGGCGUUGGUGAAAGUGGCCGGGGCGGGCGCCGCCAACGCGGCCGACGAUGUUGGAUUUGCGGUGGCUAAGGGAGUGGCGACAGGCGGCAUGCGGAUGGCCGCGGUUGCUUUAAGCUCCCUGUUCCUGGUCGUGGACGUCGCGAACCUGAUCCGGGCCGGGGUCAAUUUGCACAAGAAAAACCCGUCAAAGAUAGAAGCGCACUGGCAAGGGACGUACGACAUUUUGAAGUUGCACCUGGUCGGAAUGGCGAAGAUCAACGAUUACGUCGAGAGAAUUAAGAAAUAAAUGAUGGGUAUCCACCCCCUCGAUACGUACAGCAAGGUCUCAGAGUGCACGCUGGGGGCUCAACGUACGCGGUUCCCACUCGUACCGCGACCGACCACCGCCGAUUCGUACUUACACUUGUACCCAUAUCACCCACGCAAGACACGAGUCCACCCAGCUAUAGAAUCUUUCCUAUUGUUAAUAUACAGCACAGUGCACUCGUAUAGUAAUGUGGUACUAUAGUAACAUAGUAGUAUAGAGAUAUUGUAGUAAAGUAAUACAAUCA